UGAUGAUUCAGGGCAACCCCUCCUCUCUUGUGCUGUCUGUGUGCUUGUUGUGGGGUUGUCCCUCGGGGUGCAAAGCUUGUGUACCUGCCUUGAAGUUCGUCCUUACGUUAGAGAAGCAGCAAGGACAGGAGAACACCACGGACAAGAACUGUGAAAGUUGUGUUGUAGCUUUCUUCUCCUUCACGGCAGAGCAAUACAGAGCAAGUCGAAAGCACAAGAAGAAGAAGACACAGGAGAAGAAGAAGAAGAGGAAGAAGAAGCGGACAAGACACCAUGAAGCGGCAGUCUGCUAUGGUGAUGGCCCUCGUGGCCGUUGGCCUGGUGUUGCUUGCCGUGUACCCGUCAGAGGUUGAGGGGUACUACGACUGUAAAUGGAACAAAGACCACAACGGGAACACCAUCGCGAGGAUAGACUGCGAUGACAAUCCGGCCGCAGCGACCUUGGAUGGAUGUCAAACGGAGUGCGACAACUACUAUGGAUGCAAGGGAAUUGUGUGGAUCCCCAACCAAUAUGGAUGGAAGGAUGGAUAUAUCUGCUGCUUCCUCAAGAAGAAGAUUGGCAAACUGCAAUCCCAGUAUAACCGUGUCACCUGCAAGAAAUAUUAAGAGAGAGAGAGAGAGAGAGAGAGAGAGAGAGAGAGAGAGAGAGAGAGAGAGAGAGAGAGGCAACCGCAUGCACUGGGUUGUUACGUACGGAUGAGUCACGAAGAUCAGGAUCUCGAUGACCCUCCUCAAUGUUCGUGCAAAAGUUCAUCUAUCUAUCUAUCUAUCUGUCUAUGUCCAUUGAGGAUAAGUCUUUAAGGGAUCUGUGAAUAUUAGGGGCAAUGGACUUGGCAAGACAGUGGAGUGUUUAACUGGACGGGCAGUCUAUUCUUUCCUAUUAUGGAAAGCAAUCAGUGCUAGUAAGGGAGCUUGCAUGCAAGGGAGCUUGCAUGCAAGGGCACCUUGCGGUGACUGACUAUGGAUGUGCAUAUUUUGAAACCUGCA